AUGGCUCUCCAUCAGCCCAGCUUGCCUCUAAAGGCCAGAAUAUCACCUCUCGCCUUCCAGCUGAGAUCUCGCAAUAUCUGUCGCCGACAUUUCGCCUCCACAUCCAAGCAGCAGCUUCAAGAAGAACGCGAUCCAGAAUCCCUCAAUUCGUCAUCAGGCAAGAAGCCUGCGAAGCCUCUCACGGCAGAACAGAAACAAUUCCUUGACUCUGCCCUUCGAGUAAAUCAAGCAGGGGAACUGGCUGCCACAUUGAUCUACACUUCUCAAGCACCUCCGUUAAUCAAGGCGAAUCCUCAUCUUCGACCGCUGAUGAAGCAUAUGUACGAUCAAGAAGAAGGUCAUUUCAAGAAGUUCAAUCACCUCCUCGCCAAGCAUCGUAUACGUCCUACAGCAAUGUAUCCGGUUUGGCACGCUGCUGCUUCUUUCUUGGGUUGGUCAACGGGUGUGCUUGGAAGAGAGGCGGCGAUGGCCUGCACGGAGGCUGUUGAGACGGAGAUUGGAGAUCAUUACAAUUCUCAGGUUAGGGAGCUUUUGACUUGGUUUGAAGAUAUGGAGAAGAGAGGAGAAGAGCCUGGAGAGGAAUUGAGGGAGUUGGUCAAGGAUAUAAGGAGGAUUAGGGAUGAGGAGCUGGAGCAUUUGGAUCAUGCUGUUGAGAAUGAUGCAAAGGAGGCGAAUCCUUAUGAGUUGCUGACAGGUGUCAUCAGGGGUGGGUGUAGAGGGGCUAUUUGGAUUAGCGAGAAGAUAUGA